CCUGAGUCUACGACCUCUAACCCCACGCUCAAAAGGCGCUGAGAAACUACACACCUUUCGCGGCAUGAGUCUUUCAAUACUAAGUAAGCAACAAUAAACUCUGAGUAUAGUACCUCUCCCUUCUCAAAACGAUCAAUGUACCAUCACACUUUGUGUGGGGUAUCAGAGCUUUAACAACUUAGGUGCUUGCACCAGUGGCUGAGAGCUGUUGGAGGGGUUCCGUCUGCCCAGUACAGAUGUCAGCCGAAAUUACGCCCGCCAUUCUGCUUUCUUUUUCAUGUUCUUCAACCGCUGCAGGUAUGCGAGAUUAUCGAGAGCGACGUGCCGCAAGACGAGUCAGAUGUGCAGUGUUAUUACCCAUUCAAUCACUCCUACAUACCGAUAGGCAUCACCUCGAACGGAGCGGCAGUGUCCUUCGUGCCUUAUCUGAGUCUUCAGUAUACCCACACGGGUCCCCAUUUCUGGGUGCAACACGCACAUCAAUGCUGCAGGCAGUCAAGUCGGGGAACCGGUCAAGAUGUUUCUUGAUACCCAGGAACCUGAAUGAAUCAUGCUCAACUCCAACGUGUUAUCCUCUUGUCCCGCAAUCGCUCUUAGCUAGGAGCUAUCUCGUUGAGUCUCAUUCGGCAAAAGUAUGCUUUAAGGCCAAAAGCACAGGGUUUUUCUCUCAGCGGACGGAGCAGAGCUACAUAACGCGACUUCCACGGCAAGAUGAAUUUGCGGCGAAGGGACCAAUCCUUCCGACAAGCCGUUCAUUCUGGAAGUCCCUUAUGGCAUUUUGCUCCCCAUCCUCUAUCCCCUACACGUAUUUUUGGCCAAAGUUUCAACUCCUCGUAUUGUUAAAGUUUAUAUACUAUUGUGCUCAGCCUUGAAGUGUCCUGAGUCUGCUCGCAUGGUCAUGGUCGCUCUUGACUUCUCAAGCUAUGGAAUUCUGCGCGACGUGGCCAUCAGGGUACGAUCUCGUAGCGCACUUUCAUCAUCUCAAGGCUCUGGAAUGUCUUUCACUGUCGAUUUCUCAAUCC